GAAUAUUUGAAGAGUUUCCCGCGUGAUCUUUUAGAGCACAUGCGCAUAAUCCCAAAUUCACCGGGUAAACUUGAUACAAAUUAUUUUGCGCAUACAAUUGCAGAAAGAAAAAGUAAUGGAACUUGACACUAUACCCCCUCUUGCAGGAACGAAUCGCCUCAACACCAGUGCAACUACUACAAAUCCUAAAAUACAGGCAGACAGGAUGAUGACUGAUGGUGUAAUGAAUAGGCCAAAAAUGGCAUCAAAAGACAAAGAUGCAGCUGAAGAUAUGGAGGAUGGUGAAGAAGAGGAGGAAGAAUAUACAGUGGAAAAAGUGCAGGAUUCAAGGAUGAAAAAUGGGAAAAAAGAAUACUUACUCAAAUGGAAAGGAUAUCCAGAUUCAGAAAAUACAUGGGAACCGAUGGAAAAUCUAGACUGUCCUGAUCUCAUAGAGGAGUUUGAAGAAAAGAAAAAGAAGAAAGAUUUGGAAAAGAAAAGAAAGUCAACCAAUGGACCAGAUGAGGGAGCAGCAAAAAAGAAAAAGAAAGUGGCUGAUGCCAAAUCAACGGAAGAGGAUAACAAACCACGAGGCUUUGACAGAGGGCUACAACCAGAAAGAAUUAUAGGUGCAACAGACAGUUCUGGGGAACUCAUGUUCUUAAUGAAAUGGAAAGACAGUGAUGAAGCAGAUUUAGUGCCAGCACGACAAGCAAAUGUUAAAUGUCCACAGAUUGUAAUAGCAUUUUAUGAAGAGAGACUUACGUGGCAUACACAUAAUGAUAAUGAAGAUGAAGAUAACAAAGACGACUCUAAAUCAUAAGGCUAUACUAUCUUGUUCAUUAAAGUAGGGGAUCAGAACAUCUCUCGUCAACCAGCAUAUUUUGCACAUACUUUAGUGCUGUUUUUACAUUCAGGUUUUUAAAUACUUGUAUGUGAGCUGUGGUUGUGGUAGCAACAAAAAAAAAGUUGGAAUUUUGAAAUUAUUGAAAAAGUUAUUAUUAAUUAAGAACCUUUAGUUAUAGUUUGAACUUCAAUUUUUAUGGGCAUGAAAAAAUAACAGGUUCAAGAAAUUUUGAAUGAAUUUGAGUAGAAAGUAUUAUCAGUCUAUAUAUACUCUACCACAACCAAGAACUGAUUAAAUCAUGUUUUUUUAUAUUGUAAAUAUUUAAACAUUGUAAUUAAGUCAUUAUCAUCAAUCGUUCAUCAUUUAGUUCAUCAGGAUAUAUCACCCUCAUUGAAAGAAAUUCGAAAGCUACAGUGUGUUUUAUAAUUUUGUUUUAAUGCAAAGAUUUCUGCAUGAUAAAAUACUAUAGGUCAAUAUUUCUUCAGUAUGCCAGAUUUUGAGAUUUUAAGAAAUAAUGUCUUGAACAAGAGUUAGGUUUAACUUAUAUUCAGACUUGUCUCUCAUAGAUCAUAGCUACAAAAAGUAAAAUCAUCAAUCAAAGAUGAAUGCAUGUACUAAGAACCCUAGAUAGUUUAAAGUCUGUUUUAUGACUAAUUUAACAUGGGAAUCUAUGACUAGACAUUAUUUUGAGUAAGUUGUUUAAUAAGAAAAUGCUUACUUGGGAGUGUGAACAUGUAGUUUAACACUAGGAUUGAAAGCUUUCGUUUAUCAUUAUACAAAUUAUACAUAUUAAAACAUAAAAGAUCAAAUAGAAUGGUGUUUCGCUUGGAGUAGCCAUUAAGACCACUUUCAUGGGGUAUCAUGGUCCGAGUGGCUCUUAUUAUAGUAAGAAAUAUUGAAGAUCUCUUGAACAGACUCCAUUGGCUCAUCUGGUUUAUAUUGAGACAUAUGCCUAUCUGAUAAGACUCACUUUCAUAUCAAACUUGCAAGACAUCCCCUGAAUGUUUUCUCAAUAAUUGUUUGAAAUGCAUGAAAGUAAGUUAUUUUAAAAAUGUAUAUUUCAUUUCUUGUUGUACACACUGUUGAUCGAAUUUGUCUUGUAUUUCUAUGUACUGUGAAAAUAUGGCCAUGCCUUUUUAAAAAUGUAAAGAAGCCUCUCAAUAGCCAAUAUCUCUUGAACAUGGCAUAGUGAAUUGUAAAAUCAGUUUACAAAAAAAAGAUGAAAGUAUGUAGAAAAAUACCUAGAGUUUUUGUUGAAAUAGAAAUAUCAAACACUUCAGUUUUUUGUGAUUCUGAAAUUAUUUUUUUAAAUAUUAAUAGAUAUUAUCUUAUUGCUAUUCCAUCAAUGAAUGCCAGAGGGAAGAACAGGAAUUUUUAUUAUUUGACAUCGGUCUUUGGUCAAUUACGGUUGUAUGUCCUUGAAACAGAUAAAUUACUCAAGGCAUAUUGGUUGUGGGGUGAUUUUUGUAGUCUUUCCCCAACUCCUGCAUCUUCCAGGCCCAAUUAAAUGGAACAGUCCAUGUUUGCAAGCCAUUUGCCUUACAAAGAAUAAAAAAUAAAGACCUUCAUUAUCAGAGGUUAAAAAAAUAUUUGAUUACAAACAAAUUUUGAUAGAAUCUUAGUUACUGUCCUUUUAAGAAGUCAAAAACACCAUGGUUUGUUUUAGACGAGUACAUUUAUAAAACAAUAAACAAAAUCAGUGUUUUUAUACUUCUUCAGUUACAAGAGAAGUUGUAGACAUGCAUUCACUUCUACAAGUCAUUAUUGUAAUAAAUGUAUAUUAUCCUUAAGAAAACUAAAAUUUUGUUAGAAUUCUAAUGCAGUGGAUCUAUAUCCAAAUGAUCUCAAAACUGCUUUUAAAUGAUGUAUUUGUGAGGCAGUUGUUAUUGAAAAAUUGUAUUUUUAACAAAUUUUGAUCAGGUGUACGUUUUUAACUAUGCUUUCAGUUCCAUUAACCAUCUUUGCUUGAUUAGGCAAUAGAUGAGUCGGUAUCAUCAGUGGACUUAGAGUUAAAACAGAGAAUUUUAAUAAAAUGUCUUUUAUCUA